GAUGAAUCAAGAAGGUCUUUCAGAUUUAUUAAAACAAAAACCUCAGAACCUUCUUUAACACAAUAACUAAUUAGGAUCCUAUAGACCUAAGAGCUAAUAAAAAUAUUACAAUCAACAAUAAUCUCUAUAACGCCCCCCAUCAUCGCAACUCUAAACUGUUAGUGGAGCUGUUAAACACAAGUAAUUUAUUCAUAAAAAGAACAAUCUGAUGAAGAGUAGAUAGUCUCAAACUCAAUUUCAGCACUAAUAGAAGGAAGAUCAUAAUUGUUAUGAAAUCACUCCUUAGCUAUUAUCGGAAAUAAGUAUGGAUGAUCCAAUCUGGAAACGAAUUCUUCCUGAAAAUCUCAACUUAGAUGAAAAAUAACUCAUUCAAUUACUUGAUGAAAAUACAGAUUAUUUUUAUCAUAACUUAAAGUUGUGUGCCUGUUUCAAAUGCACUUGUGGAAGAUGCAAAUGUGAUGCUAGCAACCAAGUCAAACUCAAACUCAAUGGAAUAUUCUUAACAAAUUAUGAAAAGGAUUUUGUCACCAAUCACAAAUCAAAAAAAAGUGUAACAAAUCCCCUUAAUUAAAAAACAUAUGAAACAAAUUUCAUGGAUCAAAAAUCUAUAAAUUUGAAAUCUCUCUAUCAAUAAGAUUUUCAAUAACAGCCUCUUGAAAUUUAACCUAACCAAAAAAAACCGACUACCCAUCAAAUCGGAUCGGUGUCUAAUCUAACAAGUUACAGAGUACUCUUUCAAUUCUUAUCUAGUCCAAUUACAAUGAAUGGGGAACCAAUUAUCAUAAGUUUACCCCCUAUCCUCACAUAAGCACAAGUCCAGACAUCAAAUUUAUUGGCUCCUCCCAGUACAAGGACUCUUAUGUCUCACCAAAUAGGUGGAGCAUUAACAAUGCAAAUUAUUUCAAAACCUGUUUGUAAGCUAUACCUCAAUAAUAUAGAACACCAAUUCCUACUGGGUAAUUUGAAGGACAAACAACACAUAAAAUGAGUUUCCUCCCGUAUACAACCUCUCAUAAGUCAUAGAUUGAUAGAUAGCAUGUAAUUUAAGAGUUGAUUAACUUAGGUUUACGAAAAGAUACCUACUUUUGAAGGAUAAUUUAUAUCAACAGAAAUGCAUGACUAUAUUCAAAAGGAAGAUCAGAAUUGUCCAGCUAAACAGUUUUAAAAGAUAUUUCGUAGAUAAAUGGCUGAAAAAUUAUUUAAAAAAAAAUAGCAAUUCCUUAAUAAUUAGAUAUAAUAAAAUUGA